GGGUGUAGCUCCCGACUUCUUUGCCUGCACAAUGUGCGGAAGCUCGCAAUUCCCGAAUAAUAUCACAGACUUGGUCUAGCGUCAUCUGCUCGAUCCAUGUUCGCCAUCCACACUAGGACUUUUCGAGGUAUAAAGAGACCCAUUACCAUCGCCUUCCCCAGUUGCCCAGCUCCUCAACACCUGGUCGCCUUUCCUUGAGUCAUCAUGUUCCUCAGCCAGUCCUUCGUUGCCCUCGUCGCUCUCGCUCUCGCCGUCUCGGCGACGCCUGCCGUCCGCGACACGCCGACGAUCACUCUGCCAAUCGCGAAACACUUCAACACGACUGGCACGCUCAACCUGCUCGCGCGGGACCAGGCUCGUGCGAAGUGGCUCAAGUCUCGUGCCAGCGGCGAGUCCCUUGCUGAGCGUGCGGGAAGCCUGCCUGUCACCAACGCCGAGGUCAGCUAUCUUGCGGCGGUUGGCGUCGGUAGCCCCGCUACUACCUACAAUUUGAUCGUCGACACUGGUAGCUCGAACACCUGGGUCGGUGCUGGCACGGAGUAUGUUUCUACCUCCACUAGUAAAAAGACCGGCGGGUCUGUGUCUGUCUCCUACGGCUCUGGAUCUUUCUCUGGUACAGAGUUCACCGACCAGGUCACUCUCGGUAGCCUCGUCAUUAAGAGCCAGUCCAUUGGUGUCGCAUCGAAGUCGUCUGGCUUCGAAGGCGUCGACGGUAUCUUGGGUAUCGGCCCUGUCGACCUCACUGAACAGACUGUCAGCAAUGCCAACACUGUUCCCACCGUCACCGACAACCUGCUUUCCCAGGGUUUCAUCUCCACUGAGGUUGUUGCCGUCUCAUUCGAGCCCACUACCCAAGAGAGUGUGACGAACGGUGAGCUCACUUUUGGUGGCACCGAUUCAAGCAAGUUCACCGGCUCCAUCAACUACGUCUCUUUGACAAACACUUCACCCGCUUCCGAGUACUGGGGCAUCAACGAGUCCAUCACCUACGGCAGCACUAGCAUCCUGUCCAGCACCGCGGGUAUUGUCGACACUGGCACUACUCUUACUCUCAUCGCUUCUAAUGCGCUCCAGAAGUACCAGAAAGCCACUGGCGCCACCUUGGACAGCACCACCGGCUUGCUCCGCGUCUCAAGCUCACAGUUCAACAGCCUUCAGAACCUGAACUUCGACAUCGGCGGUGUUACUUAUACCCUCACUCCGAACGCCCAGAUUUGGCCUCGCUCCCUCAACUCGGCCAUCGGCGGUAGCUCGGGCGACAUCUACCUCAUUGUUGGCGACCUCGGCAGCGACUCUGGCGAGGGCCUCGACUUCAUCAACGGCCAGACUUUCUUAGAGAGGUUCUAUGCUGUCUUUGAUACCACCAACAAGCGGCUUGGCUUGGCAACUACCCAGUUCACCACCGCGACCACCAACUGAGGAUCAGACACAAAAAGUUUAGGAAUUGUAUUUUUGGGAUUGUACUACUCAACCAAUGGGACUCUGGAUGCCGCUUGUAUGUGUGGAUCAAAUAUAACAAUUAGGAUUUCAACUGCC